AAUUUGCAAUGGAAUAUGCAGUUGAGCAUGAAGAUGCUGCAAAAGUUAACACUGAGUACGUAGAAUUGUUCGAUAACAUAUUCCAUGGGUGGAGAUUUCCUAACUUCUUGACUAUUGUCUCCCAGAAUCUUGAUGAACAAUAUGUUGAUCUGUUGGAGGCUUUGCUUCAGCAUGGAAGGCUUACCCUCAAACAAAUGUCUGAUUGAACAAAAUCGAGUCAAAAUGAAGUGUCCUGCUUCUGAACCAGUUCUCACUAACCCAACUAAACAAGAACUUAAUGCAAGAAAGCGAGCAGCUAAAUCUGGCAAGAUUCUUGAAGAACAAGAAACAUUAGAGCAACGUGUUGUGCAACCUCCUGAAGCAUUAAGAUUUUUGCUUCUCACUCAAACUGAACCUGCUGCUGAAGGGAAGGAUGAGACCAGUUCCCCUAUGGUGACACCUGGCGAGAAGCGCAAGCGUGAUGCCUUAGAGUCAGAGACAGAAUAUGGAGCUACAGAUGAGCAAGUAGUUCUUUGGCGUGCUAAUUUCGAGGAAUUUAUUCGACGUCUUAGGCAUAGGGCUUGCAUCGAGAAUGUGAAGACGCUCCUGGAUGAUGGAGCUGUUACUGUCUUAAAAGCGAUGCUCGAAGCAACUAGAAGCGCAGAGAAGAAGGUUAAAACAGAGAAUUCAGUUCCACUCUCUGAGUUCCAUUUAUGAAGAAGUUAUAAAGAGCGAAGAAGGUCGCAAUAUAACCUUUGAUCGCGUUAGAGCCUCCCUGAUUCAGUUGAGUUGCCCUCCGUUUGUAAUAGCAGCCAAUGAGUCAUAUAGUAUCGAUUUCAAGAAAAUAAUUGAACUGGCUCAGAAUGAGGAGGUGGAGUCUGUUGUGUUGAAAAGAUAUGGAAAAGAUGCAUAUAGAAUGUUCCAGUUGCUGUCGAACAGCAGUCACCUACUUGAAACUGGUAAGGUAACAAUCCUCUACCGGAGAUAAUAAGUACAGACUUUAGUCAUGGCUAUUCGCUACCAUAGCAGCAGUUUUAAAAAUGUUUCUGAAAUCUUUUACUGCACUGGAACUUUUUUAUUUUAUUU